AUGGGUCUUUUUGGCACAUCCAAAGACGACGAGGAAAGACUCCGGGCAGCAGCACCGGCUCCUACAGACGAUAGGAGGCUGUCUCUAGGAGGAAAGUCCACAGAUUUGUCUGCUUACGAAACGGCAGAUGAGGGCUCGGAGUUUGCCAACGACAACGAAAUCGAAAUCAAAAAUUACAACGAAGAUGAAACCAACGAUUACAAAGACCAAAACCAUUCCCACGCCAGUCACUCGGACUCAACCAUCCAUAAUCCCAUUCAUGCCAAGCUGUCGCUGAGCUCAUUUUCUCAUCCCGAACCGUUUGAUGGAACCAUAAAAAAUGGGAAUGAAAUUGACGAUGAAAUUGCUGAGGACCAAUUGAACAGACAACAAACUCUCGAACGGAUCUCGUCGCGUAAAUCUGCCGAGGAAGUGGCUCGUGAAGAACAAAUGGCUGAAGAAGGGAUUGAGCCUUCCAGCUUGGACUGGGAAGGUCCAGAAGACCCAUUGAACCCAAUGAACUGGCCCACGUGGAAAAAAUGGUAUGUCACGUAUACGGUAGCCCUUAUUUGCUUGUGUGUGUCAUUAGGAAGUUCCUUGUACGUUUGUGGAGUUCCAGAGAUUUCCAUCAAGUAUAAUGUAUCGCAAGAAUUGGCGGUUUCUGGCUUGACUUUCUACUUGAUAGGUUUAGCCAUUGGGCCUGCCGUGGCGGCUCCGUUGUCGGAGGUGCUUGGACGUCGCUGGAUUUAUUUGUUGUCACUUCCUCCUUCCAUCUUGUUCACUAUGGGAGUGGGACUUUCGCAGAACAUUCGCUCGAUUCUCGUGCUUCGAUUUUUUUCCGGUUUAUUGGCAUCGCCCGCCAUGGCAGUGGCUGGUGGCUCCAUCUCCGACAUAUGGGCCAAGGACCCGUACGAUAUGUCGUUUGCAAUGAGUCUUUUCUGCUUGGCUCCUUUCAUGGGUCCUGUACUUGGUCCCAUUGUAGGAGGUUUUGCGGCCGAAUAUAAAAACUGGAGAUGGACCAUGUGGGUGUUGAUGAUGUUUUGCGGUGCUAUUUUGCUCCCUGUGGUCUUGAUGCCUGAGACUUAUAAGCCAUCAUUGUUGUCUGCUAGAGCGAAAAAGAGAGGAAUCCACUUAAAUGAACCAAAGAUGAAUGCGAAAAGAAUAAGAGCCAUUUUGGCUUAUGCUUUCUUAAAACCCAUCCAGAUGCUUUUCGAGGAGCCUAUUGUGUUGGUGUUGUCGAUAUACAUUUCAUUUAUCUUUGCUGUUUUGUUUGGAUUUUUUGAAGCUUUCCCCAUCAUUUUCAGAGGUGUCUACCAUAUGGACACAGGAAUAUCUGGAUUGCCAUUUAUUGGUGUUGGACUCGGAUUGACACUCGGGGUUGUUUUCUACAUGAUCUUGGACAACUACAAGUACUUUCCUAAAAACGCCGAUGGAAGUCGUGGAAAAAGGGACGAAAAUGGACAGUUUGUAUGGGAUCCUCCAGAGUCAAAACUUUUGCCUGGAAAAGUUGGUGCGGUUGCUUUGCCCAUAGGAUUGUUCUGGUUAGCGUGGACAGCAAGACCAUCGGUUCACUGGAUGGCUCCUACAGCUGCUGGAGUUCCUUUUGGAUUUGGUUUGGUGUUGGUGUUCAUGACGGUAUUAUUCUACUUUUCCAUGGCGUUUCCACCUGCCAGUGUUGCCUCGGCAUUUGCAGCCAAUAAUCUUAUGCGAUACAUCAUGGCAUCGGUGUUCCCUCUCUUUACGGUUCAGAUGUAUGAAAGGUUGCACAUUGACUGGGCCACCACUCUCUUUGCAUUCAUAGCUUUGGCUAUGGUUCCAGUGCUUUUUAUCUUUGAGCGUUAUGGACCCAGGAUGAGAGCAAAGUCAAAGUAUGGUUACGCUGCGUACUUUAAGAAGAUUGCACUUGCCAAGCAGAAAGCUGAGGCCGAUGCUGCUGCUGCUGGAAAGGCCGAGGGUUCGGAAACCAGCAAAGAGAAGACGGAGGGAGUUCUCGCUAAUGAUGCAUGA